AUGAUACUCGUGCAACGUCUUUUGUAUCUUAUGGUUGUGGUGUUAAGCGUGACAUGUGUGGUGGCAGGUGAGGCACAACAACAAGAACCUGAAGUUGCUGAAGUGACUCGUGGGGAUUCGGAUCUUGCUGGAGGUGCAGGAGCUAUUCGUGGUGGUGUUGAUGAUACUUGUAAAACUGAGCCUCCUACUUCAGACUGUCCUCGUAUUCCCAGUGAACCUGUAGUUCCUCGUGCUGAAUGUGUGGGAUCUCCUGAAAAGAAAGGUUGCACUACCACUACUCUUAAACCUAAAGACACUUGCCCUGAUGAUUCUGAACCAUCUUGUUUGCCAAAGACAACGCAAGAAAUGGGUUCUGGUGAAGAUCAUCGAAACACUGAUAGCGAACCUCCAGCUCCCACUGGUCCAGGUGUUCCUGCAGAUGCCGGGGAUUCUGUUUCUAACGAAGCACAUGAAGGUAAUGCUGAUGCAGGUGCCGAUGUUGAUCACGGUGAAAAAAAACUUCCGGAAACUCAACCUGGAAAAGUACCUGAAGCUGCUGAUGAGAGCCCUGCUGUAUCUGUAAGUGAAGAGGGAACUGGAAACGGUGAACAAAGCACAACA